AUGUGGUUCGAAGAGCGUAGUUGGUCAAAUCUGAGGAUGUCAGAUCUAGUGGAGGAAUGGCGGGAUCUCUGGUCAUUCAAGGUGGAUUUUAUGGUAGCUGCUAUCUCGUAUGUUUUUGCCACUACUAACUUCUUGAAUCUGCCGAAGCUCAUUUUAGAAAAUGGCGGAUGUUUUCUUUUAUUUUUGCUGAAGUUCUACGCUGAAGUUCAUCUUUUCUACCCAUGUGAUACAUUUUUUCAAGCUUAG